GCAAUGCAACAGAUGCGCCCCGUUUGCCAAACACAAGAAGAAGAAGAUAAACGGAAGCAACAUAGCAAUAUUAACUGAGUACAGCAUUGAUCUAAAGCUCAUAACAACACAACGUCCUUGCUAGCGAGCAGCGGAUGCCGGCCUUCGAUUCAAAAAUGAUUUCACAUGGUUUUAAAAGCAGCAAAAAGGACUUUACCUUUGGUCCUUGGACAGUCACGACUGCAAAAAACCAUAUCAUGAAAUCUAAAGACAUUGAAAGAUUAUCCGAAGAGAUGAAUUUACCUUCCCUCCCAGAAAUGUUAUUUGGGGACAACAUCCUGCGCAUCCAACACAGCGACGGCUUUGGUAUUGAAUUCAACGCUAUUGAUGCCCUGAAGAGAGUCAACAAAUCAGAGCACACCGUCAAAGUGGCUUGUGCUCAACAAUGGCAAGAGAGCAGAUCUGUUUCUGAACAGUCUCAAGACGGGGUGAGACCGUAUGACUGGACUUUCACGACAGAUUACAGAGGGACCCUGAUUGGAGAGGAACUACAAAUGAAGGUGACUGAGACCACAGAAAAAAUUAACUUGGAGAAGCUGAGGGCCCGCGAACAGAUAGUGUUCUUCGAUGAGAUCCUUCUGUUUGAGGACGAGCUGCAUGACCAUGGAGUCUCAAUGAUAAGUGUAAAAAUUAGAGUGAUGCCCACCAGUUUCUUCUUAUUGCUGCGGUUUUUCCUACGAGUGGAUGGCGUGCUGAUAAGAAUACAUGAUACACGACUAUAUCAUGAGGCUGGAAAGAACUACAUGUUAAGAGAGUUCUGCUCAAGGGAAAGUAACAUAGCAGACUUGAAGAACGUUCCUGCAUCGCUCCACACAGAUCCCAAUGAGAUCGCUCAACAUCUAACACUAAAGCUCAGAGAGUGUGAGAAGUUGGAGCUUCCUGAGCAGGAAUGAGGAUGUUCAGUGAGCAAUAUAUUUACUUUUUGUGUUGCAUAAUGAACAACAUACAAUAUUAUCAUAGCGAAUCAUCGCUGUACAGGUAGGGAAAGAGCGAGGAGAAGUAGCAUCAUGUUUGUCACAUUUGUAUCAUAAUUGUAUCAUAAUUGUUUCAUAUUUGAUGAAUGGUAAACAUCAAAACAAAUUUGUUUUUAAAUGUAAAGUAAUUCGAACUGUCAAAGCGACACAUUCACAUUUACUCUAUGAAUGACUGCAUUGCAUUCGCUCCUCCACAGUUACAAUUCACAAACUCAUAAUUGAAAAUAUUUAAUUGUGUUAUUUCUUUGGAAUUUUUGAAUAUUUACUAGGGAUGGGUACCUUUUUAUACAUUUGAACCCGAUACAGUACCAAUUCCCCAGUACCUGGGAAUCGAUACUAGUACUUUACGGUGCAAAUUUUCAGUAAUGUUGUGUGUGUGUUCAUGUGAUAAUAAAGGUUUUUUUGAUUAA